UUCCGCGUAAAUGGACAAACAAAAGUUAAAAACACCAAAAGCAUCGCAGAAAAGAAAACGCUUUAGAGAGAGAGAGAGAGUGUGUGAGAGAGAGAGAGAAGAGCGUUGUUGUGGAUGUGCUGUGUAUGUGCCUAACAAGACGAAGUGGAAGAAGAAGAAGAACCCACUUGCUACUAGUUUGUUGGCAUGCUUUGAUGCCAUUCCUCACUCUUUCAUAGCUUCUUCUUCUUCUUCUUCUUCACAAACUCAAACUAACAACGAAACCCAUUAGUACUCAUUCAUUUUGGUACCAGAUUAACUAUGAGAAAUCAAGUUCUCUUCUUAUUUGGUCUCAUUGUACUUGCUGCUACUUUCUCUCUCCGCUUUCAAGCUCACGCUGCUCCUGCAGGGCCAUUGAUUAAGCAUCUGUCUUCACUUAUCAAAUGGACAAGGUCUACCUCCAAAACACCACACUCAGAUGGGAAUGUUAUUCAAUUUGAGAAUGGUUACGUAGUUGAGACUGUUGUGGAAGGAAAUGAGAUUGGGGUCAUCCCUUAUAGGAUCCGUGUCUCUGAAGAGGAUGGUGAACUCUUUGCGGUUGAUGCAAGUAAUAGCAACAUUGUUCGAAUCACCCCGCCAUUAUCGCAAUAUAGUAGAGGAAGAUUGGUAGCUGGGUCAUUUCAGGGCUACACAGGUCAUGUGGAUGGAAAACCAAGUGAUGCACGUUUUAAUCAUCCCAAAGGCAUAGCCAUGGAUGAUAAAGGGAAUAUUUAUGUUGCUGAUACUCAGAAUCUUGCCAUCAGAAAGAUUGGAGAUGCUGGUGUGACAACCAUUGCUGGAGGAAAAUCAAAUGUUGCAGGCUACAGGGACGGGCCCAGUGAGGAUGCUAAGUUCUCAAAUGAUUUUGAUGUGGUAUAUGUUCGGCCAACCUGUUCCUUGUUGGUCAUUGAUAGAGGAAAUGCUGCUCUUCGGCAAAUCUUUCUUGACCAGGAGGACUGUGAUUAUCAAUCUAGUUCAAUUUCAAGUACAGAUAUCCUUACAGUUAUUGGUGCUGUUCUGGUAGGAUAUGCUACAUGCAUGCUUCAGCAGGGAUUUGGGUCCUCUUUCUUCUCAAAAAUGCAGCGACCAUCAGAAAGAGUUUUCAAAGGGCAAGCAAGCAAUGAAAAACCCAUGUCAAUCCUGGAGAGCAAUAAAGAGGAGCCAGGAUGGCCCUCUUUUGGACAGCUUCUUGUUGAUCUUUCUAAGCUCUCCCUUGAAGCAUUAGCUAGUGCCUUCAUUCAAUUCAUACCCUCCCAUUUCAAAUUUAAUGGCCCCAAGAGAGGUCUAACACCACUGAAAGAUCGUCUUGUGAUGCCCGAAGAUGAAGUGGAGCCUCCAUUGGUCAAUAGGCAAAGCGCUCCUGCCCCUCUUACCGAAAAAAGGCAGGCGCCGCCUGUCCAAACUCCAAGCACAGCUGAGAAUUAUACAGAAAUGAAGCCCCCAAAGAUAAAAUCAAGCAGUUUCAGGGACCCUUCUUUAUCAAGUAAGCACCGUUCAUCAAAAAGACCCGAGUAUGCUGAAUUCUAUGGUUCUACUGAGAUUCCACCAUACACUAAAUCUAAGAGCCAGAAAGAAAGGCCAAGACAUAGGCAGCGAGAAAAGAGUGGAGAAGUUGUUUUUGGGGCAGUUGGAGCUGAGUCAAAACCUGUUGAGACAAGGGCUGUUGAUCAUAACAAUCCUAAGUUUGACCAUUACAGUAUGAGGACUAAGUUUGUAUCUGGGGACUCCUUCCGGUUCAACUCUCAGUAACUAAGUUUUGUAUAAUGUGUUUUGCAUUAGUAUUAUGUUCUCCAUUACAUUGAAUAUGUGCACCUACAAAUGUUUGAAGUUGGUCUGUAAUUGAAGCUGUACUAUAAGCAAAUGUUCUGUGCUUAGCGAACCAUCCAGGUUGGAGGAUUAAUUUUGAUCCAUGUGCUGAAAAGCUUGUUAUAAAAUUAGCAGCCCCUCAUGCAAAGCUUUUCAG